AUGGGGAAUAAUUCAAGUCAUCCAUUAAAGACUAAUAGGGACCUACCGCACCCGCCGCCGCCACAACAACAAGGGACCUCAUUGGUUAGUCCCAAUCAUACUUCAAAUACAUCUUCCAGACGGUCCUCUAAUGGGAUGUCAAUACGGAAUGGUUCAUCGAUUAAGAAAUCCAAACCUAUAGAUAUUAAGAGAAGGGAUGGAGAUUUUCCAUCAGAGACGAUACCCUUGAAGGAAACUCCAAUAGAUUUCCCCAAGUUGAGCUCUGUUGGAAAUGAGGAUGAGCAUAUUACAGCUGCAAGGUCGACUGAGAGCCAUACAAAUGAGAAUUCGUCCUUCUCAGAAAACACGCCGGUGGAGAAAAGGUCAAGAAAAUCUACAUUGAUAUUAAGGGACGAGGACGAAUUAAAGAUGUUCCCCAGUAGAGACGAAAGGAGUUUAGAUUCCGGGAAUGAAAGUUUAAUAAAUGCGGAAACAGAAGAACAACCCAAGGAUAAAGAUUUUGUGAACAUUAAUAAUGAUGAACGUGAAAUAGAAGAAUCGUUAAAGAGCCUUAGCUUAAAGGAUAAUGACCAGAGUGAGAAUCCUAUUGAAAAAGAUGAAGAUAAAAUACAGGAUACUGAUGUCUCCAAUGAUACGUCUAAAAUUGAAACCCCCGCCGAGGUGGCUAAUAAGCAACCUGAAAUGUACCCUGUAGAGAUUACAUGGAAACAAGGCGGUGAUAAAGUUUAUGUUACUGGGUCGUUUACAGGAUGGAGGAAAAUGAUUAGUUUGAUACCUGUACCAGAUAAGCAAGGUCUAUUCCAUGUUAAAUUGCAAUUACCAGCGGGGACGCACCGGUUCAGAUUUAUUGUAGAUAAUGAAUUAAAAUUUAGUGAUUUCUUACCCACAGCCACAGAUCAAACGGGGAAUUUUGUGAAUUAUUUAGAAGUUAAACCUCCUCCACCUCCAGUGCCCGCAGGUCAAUCAUCAGAUUCAAAGAGUUCAUCUGAGAGGAAGAGAAGACGAUCAUCUGUUAGUUCUCGAAAGAGUAAAGCUUCGGAGAAGGAUGGGAAAGGUGGUAUGGAACCAAUGAGUGCUAGAUCUCGAAUUCCUAUGGAAAUUCGGAAUGAUCCAGAUGAUUUUGGAGACGGAUACUCACGGUUUGUUCAUGAAGAAUCCUCUACACCCAAUUUUGAAUAUACACAAGAAAUACCGACUGUGUUUACGGAUCCGAAAGUGAUGGAAGAAUAUUAUCUGACACUGGAUAGGAAGAAGAAUAGUAACAGUAGCAGUCUACAAUGGUUAACGCCACCUCAACUACCACCACAUUUAGAAAAUAUCAUAUUGAAUUCUUCACAAGAUACAUCUAAUGAGAACACGUCGGGUGCGCUGCCGAUCCCGAACCAUGUGGUUCUCAAUCAUUUGGUGACCACGAGUAUAAAGCACAACACGUUAUGUGUGGCCUCUAUUAUAAGAUACAAACACAAGUACGUGACUCAAAUACUGUAUGCCCCAUUACAAUGA